GGCUGUUGUUGGGUAAAGCGGAGAAUAAAGGAAGCUGUUCGAGCUCGACGACACAAAUAGCGCCAGUUUAUUUAUUUUGUUCGGUCAUGCGGCGCUGGUGUUUUAAUUUCUAACGUCACUGGACUUUAAAGCAUAACAGGAACGAGUAGAAACGUUCUAGCAGAGGAAUUUAGUGCUUUACGAGCUGUAUUUGUAGUAACGGUCGAUUUAAAGUGAUCUGGUACUGUUACUAUUUUGAUGAUUUUUUUGAUGAUUUUCGCCUCAAUGAUAAUCGAGGUUUGAUGAUAAACAUCUGAACGCUUUUUUUGGACGUAUACUGGGAAAGCAAUCCAGCUAUGGAGUUCAAAGUGGAGGCGCACAGGAUAAUGAGCAUUUCUUUGGGGAAGAUCUACAAUUCCCGAGUACAACGCGGCGGCAUCAAGCUCCACAAGAACCUCCUGGUGUCUCUGGUCCUCCGGAGCGCCAGACAGGUCUACCUCAGCGACUAUUACAGCGGGCUUUGUCUGACUCCCCAGCACGAAGAGACCAAGGAGUGGGAUCUAAUGGACUCCCAGCAGAUUAAGGAUUCCCCCACGACGCCUGCAGACGCCGAGCGGCCAGAGGUGGUGCAGGAAUCCCGGUCCGAGCAGACCAACUCCGACCAACCAUCCGACGGUUCGGAUUCAGUCCAGGCACAGCGCGAAUCCACGGAGUCUGGUGUUCAGGUGGAUGUUUCUGCUUCGCCGGUGGAGUCGGAUAAUACCGAGUCUACAACGGAGUGCGAAUCCACUGUGGACGCUACCGCGGUUUCACCAGCAGAAGGGGAUUCACAGAAGCCUUCAGGCAGGAAGCGAGGCGCUGAAAAAUCCCCCGCAGUCUCCGAUUCUCCUCUAAAACGGACCAAAGUAGCCGCCAGCGUUGAGCAAGAAACCGAGGAGAUGGACACUGGUAACGUGUCGAACCUUAUCACCAUUUUCGGCUCCAGUUUUUCAGGACUUUUGAGUAAAGACGGAGCGAAGGAGGACUCGCAGGACUCGGAUACGAGCACCGAUUCAGGGCAGAUCUGCUGCGAUCAAAUGCUCAAGAACCUAAACCCAUGGAGCACAGCGAUCGUCGCAUUUUAAGACUGUUUAGGUUUGUUUUUAACGUUCACGCGUGCUGGUUUAAGUGGGUAUUUGGGUAAUUCUUUUACCCGGGCCGGUUUACUCUGAAACACGUGGUUUUGGGACUUCCCAAUCAUGUACUAUCUAUCGAGCGGGCUACACACAAGUCUGCUUGUGUUGUACUGGCGGCGUCCCAAUCUCACACUGGCUCAUCGCGAAGUGCACUACAUGUUGUAUUAUUGCAUGUUCCGCAUUGGCACCGUGAUGUACCCUAGUCUAGGGUGCGAGGAGCCAUUUGGAACACAGCCUGUUGAAACCCGAGCAGUGUGAACGUGUCGGUGCUACUACGCAACACCCACGUCAAAGGAAGCAGCUACGAAACUGAACUCUUCCACGUUAUAGCAGCUCAUUAGAGUCUGCUCAGCAAUCAUGGACAAUAAUCAGUGAAGUGUUACUAUUAAUGUGCAAAAUGUAAGUGUUACAUUCAUGUAAAGACUGCCUACAACAACCGAGUGGUUCGUUUCGACGUCUUUGUUUUAUAAAGACUUGUACAUUUGUAACAUUGUUCUUGUACAUACGGUUUCUGAUGUUGAUUUAUGAAUCUUAUGUAUUUUGUUAUUUACGACUAUGACUAUUACGUGAUGGUCACGUAUUAAAAAAAUGAAAA